CGCAACAUGAAGCGGAAUGGGAGUCGUGGCUGUGUGACAAGAAAGACCAGAUUUGGAUCACGAGAGCGGGACUGGCUAAAGGGGGACACCCAGCGGGGCUGUGUGUGUCUGUAUGGGGGCACAGUGGACCCCCAGCUGCCUGCCACUGGCCCACAGGCCUCCUCUACCCCUCAGACAGACCUGCAGUUGGUGCUCUGCUCCACCAGUACCACAGUGGAGGAGCUGUGUGCUCAGAGGGAUGGACAGGGACUGUAUGUUCAGCUCCAUGGAGACCUACUCAGGAGGCUGGACCCCACUGAGCGUCCACUCCAGAUGGUGUAUGACUACCUGGCAGCUAUGGGCUACGCAGACCCUGUGAGAGUGCAGAAAGAGGCAGCCAACUCAGACCUCAGCUGUUUGAUCCGUUUCUACAGUGAGCAUCCAGUGAAUGCAGACCAGCAGGAGCGGACCCUGCUGAAAGGCGUGUUUAGCGUCAGGAAGGGCAAGUCGCAGCUGCACAAGUGGGCAGAGCGGCAGGUCAUCCUCUGCGGCACCUGUCUAAUCGUGGCCUCCGUCAAAGACAGCCUGACUGGGAAGAUGCACAUCCUGCCCCUGGUGGGAGGAAAGGUGGAGGAGGUGAAGCGGAGGCAACACUGUCUGAUGUUCAGCUCAGCCGGAUCACAGGCCCAGACAUACUUUGUCAACUUUGACACACUCGCAGACUACCAGCGAUGGCAUCGGCAGGCAUCAAAAGUGGUGUCUCAGACAGUCAGCCUGGUGGACCUGUCCUGCUACAGUCUGGAAGCGGUGCCUGAAUAUCUUUUUUACGGUCAGGACAUCACCCACCUCAACCUGCGACACAACUUCAUGAGCCUUCAGGGGCCUGGAGGCCUGCUCAAUCUCCCCAGGUUUUCCCAGCUGAAGAGCCUGAACUUGUCUCACAACCGUCUGGGUGUGUUCCCUGAAUGUGUGUGUGAGAUCCUCACCCUGACUGAACUAAACCUCUCCUGUAAUAGUCUCCAGACUGUCCCUGUACAGAUAGGCAACCUACAAAGCCUGCAGACGCUGUCUUUGGAUGGAAACCACCUCAGCUCCCUGCCUGAAGAGCUGGGUGGCCUGUCCCAGCUCAACAGCCUGGGGCUCUCCUUUAAUAACUUCACUCACAUCCCUGCUGUGCUGGAGAGAUUGAGUGCAGUGGACAGGCUGGCCAUGGCUGGGAACAGAGUGGAGAGUCUGGAGUUGUGUACUCUGGCUAGAAUGAGCCACCUGAAAAACAUCGACCUACGAUUGAAUGGACUGCAGCGGGUGAAAAGUGAGAACCGUGAGGCGGUGAGCCAGGUGACGCAGCUGGACUUACGGGACAAUUGCUUGGACUCACUGGACCUGAGCUCUGUCUCUAACCUGGAGACUCUGCACUGCCAGCGCAACCAGCUGGGGACUCUCACACUCAGCGGUUUCACACUGCGCAUGCUUCAUGCCAGCAGCAACCGCCUCACAACAGUCAACAUCUAUCCGGUCCCUAACCAGCUGACGCACAUGGACCUAUCACAGAACCUUUUGGAGUACCUUCCGGACUGGGUGUGCGACUGCAGAAAAAUUGAGAUGCUGGAUGUCACGCACAACCUCCUGUCUGAGCUCCCUUCCAGACUGCUCAACAGCUUGAGUUUGAGAAAGCUUCUGGCGGGGAACAAUCGUUUGCAGAGAGUGCCUGACCUACUUGACCACAUCCCUCUGGAAGCUCUAGACCUCCAGCACAACAAGCUAGCCGAGCUCCCUGAGAGUCUGUUUUACAAGGCCUUAAACCUAAAAUACUUAAAUGUGUCAGCCAAUGCCCUGGAAAAUAUUCCUCCCAGCAGCCAAUCAGAGGAGAGCCUCAGCACACUCCAGGAGCUCUACCUGACGGGGAACAACCUGAAUGAGAACUGCGGUGCUCUGCUGGUUGGACACCAGAACCUACGGGUCCUUCACAUCGCCUACAACCAGCUGCUCUCCUUCCCUGCCAGUAAGUUGAGUAAACUGGAACAGCUGGAGGAGCUCAAUCUAAGUGGCAACAAGCUAAAGACCAUCCCCUCCACUGUGUCCAGCUGUAAGAGACUGCACACCCUCAUAGCACACUCCAAUCACAUUACUGUCUUCCCAGAGAUCCUCAACCUGCCGGAGAUCAAGCUUGUGGAUCUAAGCUGUAAUGAGCUGACUGAGAUCCAGCUGCCCGACUCGCUGCCUGCCACGCUACAGGAGCUCGACCUGACAGGCAACAGCAGCCUGAUGCUGGAACACAAAACCCUCAACCUCUUCAGUCACAUCACCACCCUCAAAUUAGAUCAGAAGUCCACCACGACAGCAGGAGACGUGCUGAGUGCCUCGACUCCAUGGAACCACGGUUACUCUGAAAUGAGCGGCCAAAGGAACAAGUUGUGCGUAUCUGUGCUGGCUGUAGACCGCUUUGGAGACGGUGUGGAAGCAUGUUAUGGUAUCUUCGACGGAGACCGCAACGAGGAAGUGCCUCGGCUGCUGCAGUGCACCAUGGGAGAUGUGCUGUGCGAGGAGCUGCAGCACUCCAGUGUCGACAGUGUGUACAUGUGCAACACUUUCCUCACCUCACACAGGAAACUAGGUAUGGCUGGCCAGAAACUGGGUGCUUCUGCCUUGCUGUGUUAUAUUCACCACGAGCCUUCCGAUCCAGGAGGCUACUUAAGCCUCACUGUGGCCAAUGUGGGCACCUGCCAGGCAGUGUUGUGCCGGGAUGGCCGACCGGCACCUCUCUCUAAGGUUUACAGCUUGGAGAACUGCACUGAGGAGAUGGAGAGAGUUAAGCGCAGUAAAGCCAUUAUUACCGAGGAUAACAAAGUGAGUGGAGUGACAUGCUGCUCUCGCCUGCUGGGCUGCUCUUAUCUGUCUCCCUGGGUGCUUCCAAAGCCCUGGGUGCACACUGAGCCUCUCUGUUCCCAGGAUGAGUUCUUGAUCCUGGGGAAUCGAGCGCUGUUUGAACGGGUCUCCUACCAGGAGGCCGUGUGCACUGUGCAGGCUGUGCGGGAUCCUCGCGCAGCUGCCAAGAAGCUGUGUUCACUCGCCCAGAGUUAUGGCUGCAAGGACAACAUCGAGGCUGUGGUCGUGUCCCUGCACAUUAGCGAGGACAGCUGUACCUGUGAGCCGCCCGUCUCCACCACUGAACCACGGGGUCCCCCUCCCACCCCUGUGCCUGCAUCCGUGACCCCAGGCCCUACUGACCCAGCCACCCUUUCAUCCAGCAGCGGUAUUGUCUCUGAGUUCAACAGUGAGACAUCAGCGUCAGAGGUGGGCAGCGAGGCGGGGUCCACCGCUUCAGACGAGCACCCAUCUUCUGGUCCUGCAUCCCGCCCAGAGAGACGCUGUAGCCUUCACCCUGCUCCUACACUGUGUGGGAUCAUGGUGCCAGGCUCAGCUGGGCCGGGAACCCACCCAGGCCUAUUCCAGCGGCAACCCUCCUGUGCCACGUUCUCAAGUAACCAGUCUGACAACGGCUUGGACAGUGAUGACGAAGCUCCUCUGGAGGGCGUUAUCUCCAAUGGCAGCAAGUUAGAAGUGGAGGUAGACAUUCACUGCUGUGCUUUUCAGCUGCGCUCAGGGGCCCCUGAGAGCCCUAAAGACUUGGACCUUGACAAGCGAGGCUCUGACUAUCCCAAUGGCAAAAUGCGCAGACAGAACAGCGUGGUGGUUUCUGCUACAAACGGCUGCCUGCUGGCUGUAUGUGGGAGAGAGAUUGCCGACCUAAAGAAGUCGCCUUCCACAUCCAGCCUGUUUGGGAAGAAGCUGUCCAAUGGCUCUGUGGUUGCCCCUGAGGACAGUCACAAUCUCAUUGAGGUGGCCCUGGAGGCUCCUAAGAAGAAGUCUGGCUACUUCACUGCCCCAGCACAGCAGGACCCUGAGGACCAACUCAUUGUGCCUCCUAGUCUGGAGCAGGAAGUCAGGGAGCAGCUAAGGGGUCAGAGCCCUCUUGUCUCAGGCCCCUCCUUAACAUCCAUACCCCCUUGCUUAAAAGAUGCAGUGUGGGAUCAUCCGCACCCCCCUGCGUUUGCUUCCAACCUGGUCCCAGGUCCUGGCCCAGUUCCCAUCCUGCAGCAGGAAGUCUAUGAUACCGCCCUCUAG